UCAACUUUGCAGAAACACCCACUUUCCUAUGUUAUCUUAUUAUGUUGUACUUUUAUUCACCGACAAUCGAAGAAUUUCUAAGAGAUGAGCUUGCUUGAUCGCUUCACAAAGAUCACCACCUAACUCUUUUCUCAUCUUUAGUUCUUUCUCUGUUACAGGCUCUCCGGCGUGAUGGGAUUGCACUUGUUACCUUACGGGAUUAAGAACAAGGAGCUUCAAAGAAUUGGGUUCAAAAAGGCAAGGGUCAACUCAUCACUUCCAGGAACUUCCCUUGCUUCAAUGGAAUCCUUAUCUUUGCCUCUGAUGCAGGAAGUUGUUCUCUCUGCAGAUAUAAAGUGUGAGGAGUGUCAGAAAAGAAUAGCUUAUAUAAUGUCAAGACUCAAAGAGACAGAGUCUGUGUUGAUUAAUGUGCAGGAGAAGAAGGUAACACUCACGUGUACAUAUACUGGUGUUCUGAAGUUAUCCAGUAAGGAAGUUGCUAGUGUACACAGAAAUCCUCUAGGUCUAGCCAACAGAAUCGCCACGAUCAAGCGGAUAUUUCGUUCAUCCUGCAGCUAAUAACAGUUUGAAUAAGAUCCAGCAAGCCAGAAUGUGAUUUCUUCAGCUGAA